AUGUAUUCACAACAUUCAGCCAUGGCUCCUCAGAAGCCUGAGACGUUCAUGUUGAGUACUGAGGCUCAGCAAGCUCUGCCUCAUGAUGCUCAGGUCGCGCUGCAGCAGGUUGACAACCUGAAAUACUUCCUCAUCUCCGCUCCCGUCGAUUGGCAGCCCGACCAGUACAUUCGCCGAUUUCUUUUGCCAACAGGCGAAUAUGUGUCCUGUGUUCUCUGGAACAACCUGUUUCACAUCUCCGGCACCGACAUUGUGCGAUGCUUGUCUUUUCGAUUCCAGGCUUUUGGCCGCCCCGUGAAGAAUUCCAAGAAGUUCGAGGAAGGCAUCUUUUCUGACCUCCGAAACCUCAAGUCAGGAACCGAUGCCUCUCUGGAAGAGCCCAAGAGCGCCUUCCUUGACUUCCUCUACAAGAACAACUGCAUCCGAACCCAAAAGAAGCAAAAGGUCUUCUACUGGUACAGCGUGCCACAUGAUCGCCUCUUCCUUGACGCGCUGGAGCGCGACUUGAAGCGCGAGAAGAUGGGUCAGGAAGCCACCACUGUCGCCGUCAGCGAGCCCGCACUCUCGUUCCAAUACGACUCGUCUCAGUCGCUCUAUGAGCAGCUGACCAAGGCCCAGCAAGCGAACUCAUCUUCCUUCAGCGCCCAACAAGCUUCUUUUUCUCAGGCUCAGUCCACGUCCCCAGUGAUGAGGACGAUGGACUCGAUGCCUCCCCCGACAAUGAUGCCCCAAUCCAUGCCCCCUUUGGCGGAGGGGAUGGACGCAAUGGUACCAUAUGGGACGAUGGCGGUCGCCAAUCCGAUGACCCAGCCCAUCCCCGUCAAGAGGGAACCUGAUUUCACCCGUGUCCAGUACAACCAAAACGGUGUCCCCAUCUCGCAAGGUCACCAGCGACACGCUUCCAUGCCCGCUUAUGGCCUUGAGUACUCGCCAGCCCCUUCCUUUGUCUCCUCUCAAUACGAAGACUACAGCAACCGAGGGAUCUCCUUCGAGCCCAUCACGCCUCCCCAGCAGGCGCUGGGCAUCUCCGCUGAGCCUGCGUACAUCGCCAACGAGGAGACCGGCUUGUACUCUGCCAUCCCUGACCACAUGGCCGGCAUGGGUGGCCUCAACGGUAUGGUCCAGCUGCCUCCUUCAAACCUGGCUGGACCUCAGUUCUCCCGUCCCUAUGGUACAAACAACGUCUACUCUGUGAUCGAAGGUUCGCCGACAUAUAAGCAGAGAAGACGGCGUUCAUCCAUCCCCCCAACUAUGUCGGCAAUUCCUACCCCGGCUGCUUCGGCCCCAGCAGCCACCCACACACACAGACCCUCUGAGCUUCGCCGGUCUGUUUCCGCCUCCGUUGGACCCGUCGCCGAGGGCGAUGAGUCGGCGGACAACUCCCCCCCUGGUCUUUCCUACAGUGCCUCAGCAGUCUCGGUCAACAGCCAGCACCACAGGGACAUGUCCCGACACGGCACCCCCCUGUCCACUGUUGAAGGCAGCCCCGUGGCUAACCCCAUGGGAAUGCACCAGCAAGAGUUCCCCCAGCUGGCCAGUGAGGAGCUUCCCAGCGAAGGCUCUAUGAGUGAGCAGCGAAGAUCUGUCCCCGCCCCUAGCGGUGGUGUUGUCCGUCGCGCUCGUUCCGCCACCGUCAUGGAGGUCGGACCCUACCCUCAGAAGUCUCACUCCUGCCCCAUCCCCACAUGCGGCCGUCUCUUCAAGCGCCUAGAGCAUCUUAAGCGACAUGUGCGCACUCACACUCAGGAGAGGCCCUAUAUCUGCCCUCACUGCAGCAAGGCAUUCUCUCGAUCGGACAACCUGGCACAACAUAAGCGCACUCACGGUCGGGAAGACGGCACCGAAGGUCCUCUCAACCUUUCUGGUGAGGAGGAUGAGGACUUCUCUGGCGAGGACCACCUCGGUUCACUGGAGGAGGCUUCGCCACACUCUGAUAGUGCCUACGUUACCGGCUCUCUCAACGCUGUUGCCAACCGCUCGACCCCACCAUCGAGCAACACAGCUGCACCCACAACCAUGGCACCCACACAACCGUUCAACAGCCUUGAAACUCUUAGCAUGCCCAUGACCAUCAGCCAGCCGGCAGCUAUCAAUGCUAGCGGUAUGAUGUAA